AUGAAGGCUUUCCUUAUCCUCCUGCUGGGAGCAGUCCUGUGCUUGGACUCAGGUUCUUCUUUGAAGUGUUACAGCUGCACGUCACAGCUCAGCAACUCCAACUGUAAGAAGGAAGUGGACUGCAAUGAUAAAACAGCAUGCAAGACAGAUGUGAUCAGGGUUGCGGGGUUCUUCAACCUCAUCAGCAAGGGCUGUGACUCGUCGUGUCAAUCGCAAUAUCAGGAUUUCAGUGUAGGCAGCAGGAACAUCUCCUGCUGCAGCAGCGACCUCUGCAAUGUCAACGCAGCAGGUAGUGUGAGGUGCAGCUAUGGGAUGGCAGCAGGGAUAGCAGCAAGUGUGCUUUGGUCCUUCCUGAACAACAGACUGUGA